UUGAUUCGUGAACCUUUGUGAAUUGUUCGUGAAAGAAGGCGGAAGGUUAAACAGUAUUUGUAAUAUAUACUUGGCAAUUAAUUCGAAAAUUGUGAAAGUAAUAAACUACAGGAAAAAUGGCUUCUGGAGUUACUGUGUCUGAUGUCUGCAAGACCACAUACGAGGAAAUCAAGAAGGACAAAAAACAUCGCUAUGUCAUCUUCUAUAUUCGCGAUGAAAAGCAAAUUGAUGUAGAGACUGUGGCAGACCGCAACGCCGAAUACGACCAGUUUCUGGAAGAUAUCCAGAAGUGCGGUCCCGGCGAGUGCCGAUAUGGAUUGUUCGAUUUUGAAUACAUGCACCAAUGUCAAGGCACCUCUGAGAGUUCAAAGAAGCAAAAGCUGUUCCUUAUGUCGUGGUGUCCCGAUACCGCCAAGGUCAAGAAGAAGAUGUUGUACUCCAGCUCGUUCGAUGCUCUUAAGAAGUCGCUGGUGGGCGUGCAAAAGUACAUACAAGCAACCGAUCUGUCCGAAGCCUCCCGUGAAGCUGUCGAGGAGAAGCUCCGCGCCACUGACCGCCAAUAAACUGUACGAGCACUAUGCAUCGCAUUUAACAAACAACAACAACAACAGCAACAGCAACAACAUCAAGGCAUGCAUGAAACAGCGAUGAAAACACACAAGUAUCCUGUUGAGAUCGCCAAUUUGUAUGAGAAUUUUCUACAUAAUUUGUAUUUUCAGUAGAAAUAAAGAAAAUGAAUUAAAUAUUUAACUGGA